GCAUUUAAAAAAGAAGAAGGAAGCCAUUGUUUUUUUCCAAGUCGUUGCUUAGAAACGAGUACGUACUUGUUUCACUUUUGUAUUUCUCUCUUAACUUGGUUGCUGAGAGGAUGGUCAUGUACGUCGUGUUUACUUUGACUCUUUCAUGGUAUGCGACAUUUGGAUUUUAUGUUUGGUGUUACUUUGAUCUUCGUAGAAACAAUGAUAUUAAAAUUAUGCAGACCUAAUGAACUACACGUAGUCAGAUUCCGAAAACUACAUUAUGCAUAUAUAAUCUUUCUUUCACCAUUUUUAAAUAUAAGUACUUGCUUUAUAUUCAAACCAUUUUAUUGUUUUUUAUUUCUCCAUAUAUAAAUUAUAUUUUCGAUGACGAAACGUCGCGGAACAUGUGAAUGCAUGUGCUAGUAUGUUGUUCUACUUAGAAUGUUGCAGGGGACAAGUUUAUUCAGCAUUGGGGUUUAAUUUGCUGCAAUUUUUUCUGCUCCUAAUCCUUUUUAUCAUCUUUUAAAAUGAAAUUUCUUGCAUUAUACGUUUCUUAUUUUCUCCUUAUUUCAUGCAUUCUUCAAAUUUACUAUCCCGCUAAAGCGCAAACGAUUUACUCUUUUUCGAACUGUAACACCGCUGCCAAUUACUCUUCCGGGAGUGUCUACGAGCAAAACCUAAAUCUUACCCUCACUUCCCUUGUUGCCAAUGCAUCUCAAACUGGAUAUUACAUCACAAGCAUUGGUCAGAACAACGAUGUGGUUUAUGGCCUUGUUCAAUGCCGCGGCGCUCUCUCUAAAAUCGAUUGCCAAGCUUGUGCAAAUAUAGCAGCAACUGAGAUCAGGCAAUUCUGUUUUAGCAAGAAGGAGGCUUCGGUUGGCUAUUUAAAUUGCUCGUUGCAGUAUUCGGACCGACGUUUCUUCUCUACCUUCGACAGUUCCCCGAGGUUGACCUUAUACUACAAUCAGACAGCAAAUGACCCAGUCUUUUUCAGAAGUCAGGUAGACAACUUGGUUAACAACCUAUCAUCAAACGCUGCAUCCAAUCCUUCAAAAUUUGCUAUCGGGGUCACCAAUUACACGGAUUCCAAAGAUUUAUAUGGCAUGACUCAGUGCACCCAAGACCUAGCAGAAAACAGCUGCUUAACGUGCCUGCAGCAGAUUGCCAGUUAUGUACCGCCGGAUGGAUUUGUUGGGUAUACACUAAUUUCUGAGAGCUGUUUUCUCCGGUAUGAGAUAUAUUCAUUUUUCCUGUCACCAAUUCAACAUCCACCACCUCUAGCGGCACCCUUUCCAUUUCCUAAUUCAACUCCAUUUCCUAAUUCAACUACUACUGGUGGCACUAAUAAGACUACUGGAAAGGAGAAGAUUUCAAAAACCAUAGUCAUCAUAGUUAUCCCACUUCUUUUGGGAUUGCUUGUGGUAGCCACAAGCUGCGCUUGUUUCUUGUUGUGGAAAAAGACCAGGAGAAGUGGAGUUGAUUAUCUUUCGGAUGUUCGUGAAGAUGGUAACAAUAGUAGGGAUGCACUUUUGAUUGGAUUAAAUACACUUAAAGUUGCAACCAGCAAUUUCUCAAUAGCAUAUAAACUCGGAGAAGGCGGAUUUGGUCCAGUUUACAAGGGAAAACUGCCCGAUGGACAGGACAUAGCAGUGAAAAGGCUGUCACGUAGUUCAGGCCAAGGUCUAGCAGAACUAAAAACGGAAGUAAUUCUAGUUGCUAAGUUACUGCAUCGGAAUCUUGUAAGACUGUUAGGGUUCUGCUUAGAAGAUGAAGAGAAGCUACUCGUCUACGAAUACCUACCCAACGGGAGCUUGGACAAGAUUUUAUUUGGUCAGGGGAGAACAUUUAGUUUGGAAUGGGAAAGAAGGUUCAAAAUCAUUGUAGGAAUUGCUCGAGGGCUACUUUACCUGCAUGAAGAUUCUCAGCUUCGGAUUAUACAUCGAGAUUUGAAAGCCAGCAACAUCCUGUUAGACGAAGACAUGAACCCCAAAAUAUCUGAUUUUGGUUUAGCCAAACUGUUCGGCGAGAGCCAAACUCAUGGCAAUACGAACCGGAUUUCUGGUACUUUUGGAUACAUGGCACCAGAAUAUGCUAAAACUGGAAAAUUUUCAACCAAAUCUGAUGCCUUUAGCUUUGGGGUUUUAGUUCUUGAAAUUAUAACAGGUCGGAAGAACUCUAGCUUCCGCACCUUCUCAAAUCUACAAAGUUAUGCAUGGCAACAUUGGGCAAAUGGAACAUCAUUGGAGCUAUUGGAUCCGAGUUUGGGAGACCAGUGGCCUAGAUAUGAAGUUUUGAAGUGCAUCCACAUUGGGUUGUUAUGUGUUCAAGAAGCUGCGGCUGAAAGACCUACUAUGUCAGAGGUUGUUAUGAUGCUCAAUAGCUACACUAUUACCUCCGUCGUGCCUUCGCAGCCAGCAUUUUAUGUCCGACAGGAAAGCUCCGCCAACUCACAGAACUUAGCUGCAUCUGAGCUCGAUAUGUUAUCAGAAGCAGCUCAAUCAGUAAAUGAUGUUACAGUCUCUGAACUCUAUCCUCGCUAGGUUAGCUAGCAAUUGCGCAAUGUCCUAAUAACUGGAUAGAUAUUAGAUAUCUCUUCUAGCUAGCUACCUAGCCACAAAGUAGAUUAAACACUCAAAUUAUUAGUCUAUGGGAAUAUUUUUGCUCAACACACUCAAGUAAUGGUGAUGUUCACCACCCUAUAUAUCACUGUUUGAUGAGUUUAAACUUUAAAAUUUAUGUCUAUUCACCACUUGAUGAUGGUAAGCAAAAAUGGACUCUUAGUUUGCUGUUUCUCAUUUUUUGUUAUACAAAAAUGUAGGUCCUCAAAGAAACUUAGAAAAUUAUGUAUACAUACUUUGAUUUGAUUUUUAUUGAUCAGUAGAGUAGAUGAUGUCAACUUGCUCAAAUUGUCAAACCACUAAUACCAACUUAUCUUCGAUGAACUCCUUAGAAGCUCUAGCAAGAUUUUACUUUCGCUAAUGUAGGACGACUCUUUUUACUUUCACAUUCUCGAAAAAAAAACAACCACUAAAGAACAAUUUUCUUUGCUUGACAUCGACUUUGCAGGCCAGGGGAAAGGCAAUUGUUUACACCAAAUUAUUAACAUUCAUCACAGAAUGUUUUCUUUUGUGGUGAUCUACUGAGAUUUUUACAGUUCUCUCCUGUCCCCAUUGUUGAAAUCUUGUUUACCAAACCAAAAUUUGGUGUACCUUUAUCUUUUUUGGUAAACCAAACCAUAAUUUGGUGAAGCUAUAAUUUAAUGUUCUUCCAUAUCAUGCAGAUUCCAUCAGCUGCUGAAAGUUUGUAGUGGAAUAUGUGAGCAUUUUUUGUUUUCAGUAGUAACUUAUAGAUUCUAUUUUCAAAGCAAUUUUUCAAUAUAUUUGAAACACGAUCACAUGACGUUAUAUUCUACAUAAAUUAUAAGAAACGAAUUUAUUUUGUUAAUAUACCUUAAAAUAAGACUUAUUCUUAUUUCAACAUGUAAAAAUUUGGUGCCAUCUUUUCGUAAUAUUGCAUGGGGUCUCAUUGAAGCUGCAUCUUCGUAAUUCUUAUGAAUCUAAGUUUUUUUUUUCAUGAAACAGAAUAUAUGAGUGCUUGUUGGUUUGGUUAGUUGUGCAAAUAUGUGGAAAUAAAACGUGUUAGUGUUUGAUUGGACCACUUCAUGGUAUUUUUCUAAUAUACUUGAAACAUGAUCACUUGAUGUUAUAUUCUACAUAAAUUAUAACAAGCGAAUGCAUUUGGUACAAUAUUAACUCUGUCGUUCAUUUUUAUUAUAACACGUGAAAAUUUGGUACAAUCUUUUUGUAAUAUUGCAUGGGGUCAUUAUUUCAUUGGACCACUUCACGGUAGCUUCAUACUUUUUCUUAUUUAACAUUCUGCUGGGUUGGAAUAUUAGAUUAGGUGAACGAUAUAUAUACCAUACGAAUGUGAGGUAGUAUGUCUUCGGAGAUGAUGACACGGUUUUUUCCCCUGGGAAUUUUGGUGAAGAUACUUUCAAAGUAUGAUCAUGGUCUGUGAUACUACUUUGGGUCAAACUCCAAAGUUUACGAGCAAAAUAGGGUAUUCAGAUUUGGAAUGGCUUAUGGUGGUGCAGGUUUCGCUAUAAGUCCCCGUUGGCAAAAGUACCGGCGAAGGUGUUUGAUUCGUGUUUAGAACGAUAUCCGCAUCUCUAUGGAAGCGACUCUAGGAUUUCCUCUUGCUUGGCAGAGCUCGGCGUUGGAUUAACAUGCAAACCCAAUUUCCAUCAGAGCAGAUUGGCCCACGUGUGAAGCCGUUGCCACAUGUGCUCCAAGUCACCCAAUUUGUUGUGUGUCCACGUAUUUGGCUUGAAAAUUCGCUACAUAUGAGGGGGCGUGUGAGAAUUUGAAGAUAAAAGAGUCACAUGAAAGAAGAAACCUUGCAAACUCUUAUAAGAGAAUGACAUUCACGGCGAUAUGUUUGGUCUGGUGGCUUCGCAUCUAGUGACACCUUUGGUAUCCCUGCAUCACAAAACAGGAGUUUAUACUUUUAACAAAAGAGAACAUCACAAGGAUCCGUGUCGAAUGCCGGUUGUUUUCUUUCUGGAUAAUGUGUCUUCUGGUGCGGAUAGAAUCAAGUGCGUCUACGAGAAAUAUUACGAAAAUUGCUUCUACGACAUUGUGGAGCCUAAAAUAAUUCAAAAAAUUCCAAAUGUGACAUGUGGACUUUUAUUCAAGAAAGACAAGAUUGUCCUCAAUAAAUGGGCAGACUUCUCAGAUGCUCCUACUCACACCCCUGGAGGUUUUAGCAGCUAAAUACGAUUGUCCACAUCUCACAUGUCUUUGGCAAUAAAUUAAAGAUAAUGAUUAAUUACCCAAAUCUUAUCUUUAAUACAUUCCCAAUUAAAGAUUAACUCCAAUCAAGUGCAUUUUUGUCAAGACUGAAGACAACGGAAAUUUGCAUUGACAAAUUAGUGCUUUCAUUGAGAGCUGAUUCAAAAUACUCGAAGAAGCCUCUCGCAUUUGUUUUUUGAAUUUUCUAUUACGUUGAAUUUCUCACACGUCGUAUCAAUUAAUUUUUUUUAGAAAAAUUUCUUGAUCAAUCCCUGGAGAAAGGAUACAAUGGUAGGAAGUUCAGCUCAAUGGGCCCAAGCUCAAGUGGGUCAAAGAAGUGAAGCUCAACCUCACUACAAAGAACUUGCAUCCCGUCAUUGAAGAUGAGACAGACAACUUGGUUAGCGAAGCUGAGAAAACCACUACUAUGAUCUUCAUCCAAAGACAUAUUCAUGAUGCCCUGCAAACCGAGUACCUUGCUGAGGAGGAUCCACGAGCACUAUGGGUCGCUAUGGCUGAUCAUUUUGAUCACCAAAAGGACAUUUUCUUGCUUGAAACAAGACAUGAUUGGCAGCAUUUGUGCUUCCAAGACUUUAAGUCUGUGAAUGAAUAUAAUUCUGAAGUUUGUAUUCGACCUUCUCUGCCAUUAAUAUUGCCAUGCAACAACAAUAUAGAGCUCAGAAGUUUAUCAAGUUUUUUUA